UUUUAAAAGAAGUGAACGAUACGCACCAAUGGGGGAGACAGACCUUUUCCCUUCAAGCUCUUGCUCCGGAAGGACCGGAACCCGCGUUUGAUUUGGAGCUCCUACUCCUCACGGACCUCACCGAUCCAAACAGUUUUGCGUGCCGUUUGAUUUCAUUUAGGACAGUUGAACAAACAGAAGUAAAGCCGUUGAUUGAUUUAUCCCUCAGAUCUUGUUUAAUGUCUGAUGCUACUGAAUGCUGAACUCCACCAUCAGUUUUGAGCAAGACCCGCUUUUAUAUUUGCUUGAGCUUAAACUUGCAUUCGAAGAGACUUCUUGUUUUUGGCGAUUUUUGUAGCCUAAUCUUGCUUCCAUACACACCCACUCGAGGAUUAAGAUUUCCAGUCAGAUCCGUUGGUGCUUUCCAGUGUUUUUCUUGUUGAGCAUCGCGAGUAAUUGUACUGGUUCUCAUAGGAGAUGUUCUGUUAUAGAUUAUGGAAUUGCGGCUUAGAUCUUUGCCUAUUUCUCAUCUAAUAUGGAUUUCAGAUUGAAAUCCGGGGUAUCCAUAUCGAGAGACUCUUGCUUUUCACGGUGUUUGGGUUUGUUUCGUUCGACUUGGAUUGGUGAAUACGCGAAGAAGUAAAUUGGUGGGUCUUUGUUUGAAGGUGAGUUCGGUAUAAAGUUUCGGGGGGAAAACAUGUUUUGGAGGGACCGUGAGAGGGACAACAAAGAACAAAACGGUGGACCGCCUUGUGGGCAGGUUCGGGUACUUGUUGUUGGCGAUUCAGGUGUUGGGAAAACAUCUCUUGUUCAUCUGAUUAUCAAAGGUUCUUCUGUUGCUCGCCCUCCUCAAACAAUUGGGUGUACCGUUGAUGUGAAGCACACUACUUACGGAAAUACUGGUAGUUCUUCAAGUAGCAUAAAAGGUGAUUCCGAGAGAGAUUUCUUUGUCGAACUUUGGGAUGUGUCAGGACAUGAUCGUUACAAAGACUGUCGGUCGCUUUUCUAUUCCCAAAUUAAUGGCAUUAUUUUUGUUCAUGAUCUCUCCCAGAGAAGAACGAAAACAAGCUUGCAGAAAUGGGCAGCUGAGAUUGCUGCAAAUGGGACAUUUUCAGCUCCCCUAGGAUCUGGAGGUCCAUUUGGCUUACCUGUACCAUAUAUUGUUAUCGGUAAUAAAGCUGAUAUUGCUGCAAAGGAGGGUACAAAAGGAAGCAGUGGCAAUCUUGUUGACGUUGCUCGUCAGUGGGUUGAGAAGCAGGGUUUACUUCCAUCCAGUGAGGACCUUCCACUGAUGGAAAGUUUUCCCGGCAAUGGAAGCCUUCUUGCAGCUGCUAAAGAAGCGAGAUAUGACAAGGAAGCUGUGGUGAAAUUUUUUCGUACGCUAAUCAGAAGAAGAUACUUCUCAGAUGACCUUAAUGCACCAACUCCGUGGUCUAUAUCUCCUGUUCAGAGAGCCUCACAUCGUCUAGAUGAAAAUUUGAGUGAUGAGGAGCAGCCUUUCAAGAAUAUAGGUUUAAUUGGCGACCCUUAUAAAUAUAACGUGCUCCCUCCCCUUCCAGCACAACGCAAUCUCACGCCACCUCCCACACUUUAUCCCCAGCAGCCAGUUUCGGUUUCUGAAAGUUACAGCCUCCCAAGAUUUUCCCUGACUGGCUCUCAAGAGAUCAGCCGUAAUGCCAGGUCAAAGCGCUCAGAUAUUAAUGUAUGAUUAUCCGUGCAUGAUCCUAGAAAAAACGCUGAUAAAGAUAUAUGAUGAUAACGGCCUCUGAUUACUGAGCUACAAAGAUAAUUCGUGCUUUAUUGUUCUCUUUGCCAUGCUUGUUAAAUGUUCUGUUGAUUCUUUUAUAUCUACACCCACAGUAAUUGGUUUUAGUCUUAACAUUAGCUAAAUGUGCAAUGAUUGAGUGUUGAACCUGAAACUGCAGGUUAAUUCUUUGUAAUCAAGCUCUCCUUAUUCUUUUCCUUAGAAUUUAUGGUUGUAUAAAAAUCAUUUUGUAAUGGAUGUGCGAAAGGUCACUUUGAAUAUUAAAACCUACCUGUUGGUUUCUGUGUU